CAUUGAUCUCCAAACAUCUGGAACACCUCAUAUUUGUUUUACGAGGCGCCAGCUCACGCCUAAUGUGCAGAGGAGUGACGGCAGCAGCGGGACGGCGGCACUUGACACCUCGCUUCACAGCGUCGACAUGCACUAGUGCGAUAAAGCAGCAGCUUUGCGGAGACGGCAAAGGCCAAUCCGUGGCAUCUUGAUGUUUCAAACCACGGGCUUUUGCGCAUUCCUGGCCGUACGGCGCAGUCUUCUCCUGCGGAUUCCCAAGGAUUUAUUUGCAACGGAUUCGAUUCGGUUUUGAAUUUGCGGGAAACAUCAUCACACACAUGUGUAUAUUCGUCGGAGCUGCGAUGGACUCCAGCGCGGGGGAACAUCACGGCACGGCUCGCCUCGGAUUGUUUUUGGUUUUGAUGGGGCUGUGGAGAUUUUGCGACGCUUGCCCCGCAUCGUGCACAUGCAGCGUCUCCAGGAUUGUUUGUAUUGAUUCCGAACCGGGGAUCGAGGAUUUCCCUGUGCUCACGUUGGACGACAUGGAAAACAUCACGGAGAUAUACAUUGCCAACCAAAACAGACUGUUUGACAUCAGUGACAACAGUUUAAGGCACUACAUCAACCUCAGAAACCUGACAGUGACAAAGACGAGAUUGACGGCGAUCUCAUCGGACGCCUUUUAUAACAAUACAAGACUUCAAUACUUAAAUCUCACAGACAAUAACCUGUCAACGCUGUCAUGGAGAACAUUUCAGAACUUGAACGUGUCUUGUUUGAUCCUCCUCACUGGUAAUCCUCUGGAUUGCGUAUGUGAUAAUUUGUGGAUCAAACUGAGGCUCCAAGAUGAAAUCGAGAAUCAGGAUCUGAAGUGCAUUGACGACAGAGGAGUGACAAAAACCUUCGCCAAGCUCACUCCUCCAGACUGCGACGUCCCGCAAGUGCAGGUCACCCCAACGCUUGUGACCGAGAUGGAGGGGAGUAACGUAAAAGCUGAGUGCAUCGGCUCGGGAUCACCUCCUCCUGACAUCGAGUGGAAUCUUGACAUGCUGUCCACACACUACGUGACUGAACGUCUGGAUCUCAAGCUCAGCCUCACUUUGACAGGCCUGUCACCGGCUGACAACGGCAGAGUGAUCAUAUGCAGCGCUGAGAACAUCGUGGGUCAGACCGAGGCCUCGCUUCAGCUGAAUAUUCUCUUUGCCCCCACCAUCCAGCAGCUGCUGGGGCCGGAGCGGGACCACCACUGGUGCAUCCCCUUCAGCGUAACGGGGAACCCCAAACCUGAGUUGCAGUGGUACCAUGAAGACAUGCCUCUGCAGGAGCAGGACUACAUCCGCACUUACAUCCACCUGUACACCGAGAGCGAGUACCACGGCUGCCUGCAGCUGGUCAACCCUACGCACAUCCACAAUGGCGAGUACACGCUAGUGGCCACCAAUCAGUACGGCCGGGAUGAGAAGAAGGUGUCAGCCCAGUUUAUCGACCCGCCGGACAUCGACCCGCCAGAUGACCAUUUCUACUACUACCCAACAGACUCACCCCUCACCCCGCUGGACGACAGCGUGGCGAAGUAUGUCGUUGCAGGAAUUACGGGUGUUGCAUUCGUUGGCAGUGCUCUGAUGGCGAUCAUUCUGAAAUAUGGUAGAAACUCCAACUUUGGCAUCAAAGGCUCCUCCUCGGUCAUUAGUAAUGACGACGACUCUGCCAGCCCUCUUCAUCAUGUCUCCAAUGGCAACAACACCCCGUCGUCCUCCGAGAUGGGUCCAGAUGCAGUGAUCAUUGGGAUGACGAAGAUUCCUGUCAUUGAGAACCCUCAGUACUUCCGUAACUCUGGCAGUAUGCUGAAAGCUGAGACGUUUGUGCAGCACAUCAAGAGACAUAACAUUGUACUGAAGCGGGAGCUCGGAGAAGGGGCCUUUGGGAAAGUCUUUCUCGCUGAGUGCUACAACCUGACACCAGACCAGGAGAAGAUCCACGUGGCAGUCAAGACUCUGAAAGAGGCCAGUGAGAGCGGCCGAGCCGACUUCUACAGGGAGGCCGAACUCCUGACAAACCUCCAACAUGAGCACAUUGUCACCUUCUACGGCGUGUGCGUGGAGAGCGACCCCCUCAUCAUGGUGUUUGAAUAUAUGAAACAUGGCGACCUGAACAAGUUUCUCAGGUCCCAUGGUCCUGAUGCGGUGCUGAUGGCAGACGGGCAGCACAGCAUCUUGGUGGAGCUGACCCAGUCCCAGAUGCUGCACAUUGCCCAGCAAAUUGCUGCUGGGAUGGUCUACCUGGCCUCCCAGCAUUUUGUCCACAGAGACUUGGCUACCAGGAACUGCCUGGUAGGAGAAAACCUGCUGGUUAAGAUUGGAGACUUUGGCAUGUCCAGAGACGUUUACAGCACAGACUACUACAGAGUGGGUGGCCACACGAUGCUGCCGAUCCGAUGGAUGCCCCCAGAGAGCAUCAUGUACCGGCGGUUCACCACAGAGAGCGACGUAUGGAGCCUCGGCGUGGUGCUGUGGGAGAUCUUCACCUACGGCAAGCAGCCCUGGUUCCAGCUCUCCAACAACGAGGUGAUCGAGUGCAUCACUCAGGGCCGCGUGCUGCAGCGGCCUCGCACCUGCCCCAAGGAGGUCUACGACCUGAUGCUGGGCUGCUGGCAGAGGGAACCCUACAUGAGGCUCAACAUCAAGGAGAUCCACAGUCUGCUGCAGAGCCUGGCCAAGGCCUCCCCCGUCUACCUGGACAUCCUGGGCUGAGCCACAGUCCUGGAACGUCCUGAGCUCUGCAACACCCCCCUGUUUUUUUUUGGUUUAUGGGCAUGAACGUGCGAAUGUGUGAGCGUCUGCACAGAACCUGGCUGUAAAUGUUACUGUAAAUGCUCCUGGUCACAUUCCA